AUGCUACUAUCACAUUGCAUCCUCAUUCCGCCGCUUGGUAACACAGAAGAAGAGGAAGACGUUCGGAAAUACAUCCUGCCUCAUGUCGACCAUGUACGCCAAUGUCAGCAAUCUAUAGAGCAACGCAUGAGAGACAAACGCAUGGCAAGAAUGAAUCCAUUGCCAGUUUUUGAAGGUGGUUUCGAUAGGGAUAAAGCUAUCACAUAUGCCAAGUUCAGCUUGGUGUACAUGCAGAAUGGACGGUGGGAGGAGGCUAAGCGACUGCAGACUGCAGUCAAAGAUUUCACGACUCAAAUCCUUGGCCUGAAGCAUCCUAUUACUCGUCGUGUUACCCGUCUACUGGCCACAACCCUGUACAAUCUCGGACAAAGUGAGGACUCGGCCAAACUAGAAAAAGAAGUCCUCGACGCAUGUGUGCUAUACCUAGGUGCCGAUCACCGAGAGACACUGGUUGCCAAGUUCAACCUUGGCAAAUCUGUCUUCUUACAAGGCAAAUUUAGCCAGGCGAAACUUCUUCAAGAAGAGGCGGUCGAGGGUCUGACUAGGCUGAUUGGACUUGACCAAGAAGACACCCUCGAUGCAAUCGACUGGCUUGGCCAGACGCUGCUCAUGUUUUUUACCGAAGAACAUGUGACUCGGGCCCGUCAACUCUUUAUCACAGCAUCGGAAGGCAUGAAGAGGGUGCACGGAGAUGAACACACACGCACCCUCGAAGCUCGUGAGCACCUUUGUAGUUCCGCCACCAAGACGGGGAACAAGCAACAUUUGGACGAAGCGCAUGAUAUGAUGAUCAAGAUUCUAGAAACCCGGAAGGAAAAACUUGGCAAGGAGCACGCAUACACAUUGCUCGCGAUGGUAAAUCUCGCUCUUGUAAAAUGCAAGAUGGGCAUGAUCCAUGAAGCUGAAGCACUCAUCCAACACGGCCUACCUAUCGCUGCCCGCAAUCUAGGCGAAGGUCACAUAGCUUAUCUCUGGGGUCGUUAUCAUCUUGGCCGAAUCUGGGUGCUUCAAGAAAGAUGGGCCGAGGCAGAGACAUACCUACUUGACGUCACUGAGCGACAGCGUUACACACUGCAAGGAAGAGGCGAGUUUCAUCCUGAUAGGAUUGGCGGCCUGAUAGAGCUAGCCACAGCCUACAACGCGCUCGGAAAAGAUGAAGAAUGCGAGAGAGUGACAGAUGAAGCUUUGGCUGCGCUAGCAAAGAUAUCUACGACUGAGCAUCCGGAGGCAAAAAAGUUGAAGGAGAACAGAGACACGUGGAGGCAACGGAGAAAAGAUAGCAUGGCAGUUUCACCGCGGAUCGACAAACCACAAGGCAUAGAGCAGCGCAUUCAGAUUGGUCAUAUCCACCGGUCAUCGACAUUGUAG